AUGCUCCGAACGGUCUUAUCAUUGACACUAAUAUGUGGUUUGGUGAAAAGCUCCGGGGUUGGGGUUGCUCCUCUGCCUCUUGCAGGAUCCAUUCCACCAUUAGCAAAUGCUCCAGUUGUUACAGCUGCAAGUUCCCAAUACUUUGAAAGGACCUUCAACCGUCUUGUGGUUCCUCCAGUGGUAGCACCAGUUGCAUCAGUGGUACCUCCUCCACUGGCUCCUGUAAUUCCAUUACCUCCCGCGCCUACAGUAUUUGUUGAACCUACUAGAAAUGUACCAGUAGUUGUCAACACACAACCAUCAUCACCACCACGGCAACCAGAUCAACCUAACAUUGCCAUAGCAGUUGCGACAGCACACGCCGCAGCUCCUGUUGCUACUAUAUUGUUACCACCAUACCCAUUUGGAUUUCCGCCAACCUUUGGAUUUAUACCCUCUGAACAACCAACCAAUAAUCCUGACGAAAAUACCAAAGAACCAACAACACAAAAAAGUACAGAAAAGGAAGCUACAACAACUCCGGAACCUGCUAUCGUACCUGUAGAUGCAUCAAACAGUGACAAUAACGUUGUGCAAGCUUUACCUUCAAAUGAAGAUAUAAAUUUCAAUCUCUAUGGCCCUCCACCACAAGGGUCUAGGCCACAAUUCCAACCACUGCCUCAACCACAAGCUCCUAACGGACAGUUUCAACCUCAAAUACCGAACCAACAAAAGCCAAAUCCACAAUUUCAGCCGCACCAGCCUAAUCCUCAAUUUCAAAUCCAACAGCCGAAUCUACAGUUCCAACCUCAACGACCAAAUCCGCAGUUCCAACCACAACAACCAAAUCUGCAGUUUCAACCACAACAGCCAAAUCUGCAGUUUCAACCUCAACAACCAAAUCCGCGGUUCCAACCACAACAACCAAAUCUACAAUUCCAACCUCAACGACCAAAUCUGCAGUUUCAACCACAACGACCAAAUCCGCAGUUACAACCACAACAGCCAAACCCGCAGUUCCAAUCGCAACAACCAGAGUUUCCACCAUACCCGCCACAUCAGCAACCUCAGCUACAAAUCCAACCUCAUCAAAGGCCGUUGCAAUCGAAACAACAACACUGGAACAAGCCAAAAGGAAGACCACAAAAACUAAAAACAUCAGUGGAAGUAGUACCAGUACCGUUGGCUUACAUCACUCCACCACCUAUUCACAAAACUCACUCCCAUGUAAAAAUUCUGAAACAUAUUUACUCCUACGCACCAGCAUCUAGUCCUAAAAUAAUUUUAAAACAUGUUAAGGUGCACCCUGUUCGACUGGUGAGACAUAAAGUUGUUGGUGUCCGUUUACAAAACCUUCGAGCUAAUGAUAGAGAUAUUGAAAUUACUACCGUUAAUCCUUUUCGAAAGCCCAAUACUAAGCCGCCAAGGGUAUAA